AUGUCCCCCUUAACCGCCCUCGGCCUCUCCAGCAACCCAACUACCACAAUCCCGCACUACGGCCCAGCAGCCUUAAUCUUUAAUUUCAUAUUCGCAUACGGCCUCCUCUCCUCCCGAACCCUAAAGCAAUUCUACGGCCUAGACCACAAUGUGUCCCCGCGCGAAGACCUAACAAAGUACGGCGACGCGGCAGUGCGCGAAGGCAAAAUCAGCCAGAAAACACUCAACAUGCUGAAGCGGAACGAGAGCGCGCAUGCGAAUGCAGUUGAAAACUACGCACUGCUUGUCGCGAGCGUUGGGCUUGCUACUGCUGCGGGUGUGGAUACGGUAGAGGUGAAUCGGGCGGUUGUGGUUUAUACACUUGCGAGGCUUGUUUAUGCGGUUGUUUAUGUGACGGUUGAGAGGCCGCUGCUUAGCCAGCUGAGGGGGGCUUGUUGGUGGACUGGGAAUGUUACUUGUUUUACGCUUUUGUGGAAGGCGGGGACGUUGUUGAGUGCUUGA